CAUCUUGCGUUAGCACUAAGUUUGGGAACAAACAUAGAAGAUGACGAGCCAUUUUCGCGGUUAUGGUAAUCUUAUGAAGAUCAUGUUCAUCAUCUUCUUCUUGCUCCUUGGAAAUCCGGCUGUAGCCGGACGGGAGAAUCCGUCGGUGGAACUGUUCACAAGAGAUGAGUUGGUGAAAAUGGCUGGAUAUGGAGAGGAGAAGCUCUCCACUGUCCUCAUAUCCGGCUCCGUUCUUUGUCGGCCGACGAGUUGUUCUGACGAUAGACCACCUACUAAUCCUCAAGCCGUCUCAGGAGCUUUGGUAGCUAUCUCAUGCCAUACGAGUGGGAAAACAAGCAAAUCAAAUUGGGUAGAAUCCACCACUGACGAAUUUGGAGAUUUCCUGAUUGAUCUUCCUUCCCACCUCCAUGCAAUCCCAAGCUUGGACAAACGAUGCUUAGUCAAACUUCUACGGCUGCCAAAGAACUCAUCCUGCAGCCCCCCUGCUGCUUUUACUGGCACUCAUGCAGGACUCAAACUGUCGUCAGUUGGAAAUGGUGUCCGAACUUAUACCGCUGAAAGUUUAUAUUUGACAAAACCUUCCCGACGAUGCGCGAACGCAGAAAAUACUGAAGGAAAAGGUGCCCUGCUCGAAACCUUCUUGAACUGAGGAACCCAUGAAUGAAAUGGGCGCAGCUCGUGAUUUUGGAUGGCGCUUUGGUCACAGAAAUUUGAGUUGAUGCGUGGUUGCCUUUCGAAGUACUGCUGUAAAAAUGAAAAUAAGUGAUAUUAUUAGAGUAAGAGAUGUAAAUCAUAAAGCUAUAAUACAUGAAAACCUUCCAGCAA